AAUAUUUGGAAAGCUUUCGUUGAAGUCUAUUGCGCGCUGAUUUCAAGGAAGGUUUCAUGGCAACAGCGAUAUUGCCAUGGAAGCAGCUUCUCCUGAACGCAAUAGAGUCCAAUUCUCACCUCAAGCACUCUUCGUUCUUUUUGCUUGCAACAGUAGGAUCUACCGGGAGACCUUCCAAUCGAACUUUGGUUUUCAGGGGAUUUGAAGAGAAUAGUGACAAGAUUCUAAUCAACACUGAUUCCCGUACUCGCAAGAUUGAAGAUCUUAAGCAUUGCCCAUUUGCAGAGAUAUGCUGGUAUUUUACUGACUCUUGGGAGCAAUUUCGUAUCAAUGGAAGAGUCAAUGUCAUUGACGGCUCGAAUCCUGAUACUAUAAAGCUUCAGCAAAGAGAGAGAGCCUGGUUUGCCACUUCUUUCAAAUCAAGAUUACAAUUCUUGGGGCCUAAUCCAGGUCGGCCUUGUCUAACUGAACAAUCUCUUCAAGAAUCACCUCUAGAUAAUUCUUCAGGCCCUCUUGCUGCAUAUUGUCUACUAAUCAUCGAUCCAGAAAAAGUUGAUUAUUACAAUUUGAAGAGUAGCCAGAGGAUACUGUUUACCUCCAAUCAAAGUGUCAAUGGAGAAGAAAAGUGUUGGAGUUCAGAGAGGAUUAAUCCAUAGACUCUGCUGCGCAUUUUAAUGGCUACGAGCUGAAGAACUACAUUAGUUUGAGGUAUGCCUUUGAUCUCAUAUGCGCUUUUCAUUAAUUUAACAUUUAUAGACAUCCGUGGCAUGUUUCAUAUAGGUAGUCUACUGUUCUAUGUAUCUGCAUCGAUAAUUCUCAGUCAUGGUUGACUUAGGUUUAUCAGGUUUCUGAAAAAUUAAUCUGUAGUUUCAUUCCAA